AUGUCGGAUGGGGGACACAAGGUCCUGCUUCCCCGUCGUGCCGAUGUUGACUUGAGAUUCCUUGAUGUCACGAUGCUCGCUGCCGAUAUGGGUUCCCCCGACAUACCCAUCCUUUUUGACUGGUAUCCGGCGAAGGUCAAGGGCUGGCCCGUCUGGCCCGUCUCUCUCGAUGCCCUCGAGGACGAGGCGUGCGCACCCUUGCCGGCCGAUACGCCAGACCUGUCCGAGGUCGUUGUGCUUGUCCGGCGCGGCACCUGCACUUUUGUGGAAAAGCAGGCAUUCUUGAAGGAGCGCAACGCGACACACAUAAUUGUCUACAACAACGAGAGACCAUUGGUUCAGCCUGGAGUACAGGAAUCAGACCCCAACAUGGCCAUGAUACCUGCCGAAGACGGCAAAGCCGUUAUUGACGUUCUCAAGGCGGGUGGCAACGUUACCUUUGACUUUGACGUCCGUCCUGACCUGCACACCACGUCGAUAGCCAACCCCAACCGCCCGCGCCUUGCAAGCACCUUCACGAGCGUCGGGCCGGCCAACGACCUGUCUCUGAAAUCAGACAUCUCAGCACCAGGAGGCGACAUUCUGUCGACAUAUCUCGGCGACGGCUAUGCCAUCUUGAGCGGCACGUCCAUGGCAACGCCGUACAUUGCCGGCGUGGCGGCUCUAGGAGAGGCUCGCAGACUGGCGACCGUGCAGCUUGCGCUGGGCCUUGAACAUUUGAGAUCGGGCGGGACCAUGAUCGUACUCCUCCACAAAGCCGAAGCUUGGGAUACACUGUGCCUUGUUCGGCUGUUCACAAGGUUCGCCUCGAUCAAGUUGUUCAAGCCUACAUCUGGCCACGCAAAACGUUCGUCCUUCUACAUGGUCGCCAGCCGUGUGCAAAGCCAAAAGCCGGAGGCUCUUGCAGCAAUCUCGAAUUGGAAGAAGACCUGGAACACUGCUACCUUUGCCCCUGACGAGAAGUAUUGGAAAGAAAUUCGCCAUGGAGAGGAGCCCGUCUCGGAUGUGCUCGAAGACUUUGGGCCAGAGCUCAUCAAUCUGGGAAGAAAGGUUUGGGAUGUGCAGGCUAAGGCACUUGCCAAGGCCUCAUUUAUACAUCAAGAGGAAAAUCAGUGA